AUGGAGAAUGCCAUGGCGAAGUGUGAUCCCUUUGGUCUGCAGCGGCGACGCACUCUUAUCGCGACCUCACGAUGCACGUUGACGUGCAACAGCAGACAUGGCGUGAAAGCAAGGAAUGGGCGUGAUUGCUCAGCGGACACGAACAGUGGCGUUUCAUUGACUUUCCCGGCUGAGAAUGAAAUCACGAUUUUCGCCGGUUGCGUUAUUGAGGCUGAGGAACACUCACUGCGCCUGAUUGGCCGGCGCGCUGUCGUGCCACCAGCAUGCCGCUGUGUCCCGCCUCAAAGAGCCGGCAUGCAGGCACGCGCUAUCAGCGGUGCUCCGCAUCACCCAACAAAAACCGCAGCUUCCCGGCUUCGUUACGCUCGCUAUUUCUGCCGCUAUCCGCUGUCUUCAGGACUUCUCGAAGUCUAUCCACUCGCUAGAAGACGCUCGCUCAUUUCCGUUACCAAAUCCGGCGCUGUCGGCCCACCGAGAGCUCGAGCUCGCACCCCACCACCAUCACCACCAGCUGUCAAAGCUACCCAGGCUUUCCCAGUACCAGCGACCCUGAACUGA